GUCAACAAUUGGAUGCGCCUUUAAGCAACCGCCAACGCCGCAGAUGCCUAUUGGAUAUGUUAUUAAACCUAUUUUUCAGUAUCACGUUCAGCCAGCCUUUUCACAUGCCUUACAAACCUAAUUUUCUCUCAAAAGUUCGGCAUCCAUCCAUCUCCUUCUUACACCCACAGCCCUCUCUCUUUGGCAUCCUCUCCUUGUGUUACUCUUCCAUCUCUGUACCUAAUUUCCAGCAAAUAUCUCUUCAAUUGCUUUAGCUUUCGGGCAUUGAGAAGUCAGCUAAAAGCCAAGGAAAUAUCUCUCCAACUGCUUUCAGCUUUUGGGCUUUGAAAAUCAGCGAAAAGCCAGGAGCAUUUAUGCAUCAAAUGGAGGUGGUAUCCUUUGUUGGAUGUUCUCUUUUAUCUGCUACGUUGGAUUUGCUAUUCGAAAAGUUGAAUGGAUAUCUAAGUGCUCAGCUAUGGGAUUCAACGGAGGAAAUACGUGCCCAGAUGGAAAGCUGGAAGACUCUAUUGUCCAAAAUUACUGCUGUACUUCAACAUGCUGAAGAAAAUCAAGUUGCUAACCAGUUUGUGAAGUCAUGUCUUGAUGAUCUUAAGGACUUGGCUUACGAUAUGGAGUACAUACUUGAAGAGUUUGUGAUUGAUGCCAAGAGGUCCGAAUUGAUUGCAGAAUCUGAUGCCAGAGCCAACAAGCGACAAAAAAUCGCCUCCAUUGUCAUGAAUUUUUUUAGAUCUAAGGCCAAGCUUAAUCCAAAGAUCAAUUCCAUGGUGAAGGAUCUGAGUGGCAGAUUGCAGAAAAUUGACAAUGGGAUGCGUAGUUUGGACCUGGCCAAUUGGGCUUUGAAACUUGAAGAUAAGUCUCACAAAGUAGCUGCAAAAAGAUUACCUGAGUCUUCUCUUCUUGAAGAUAUGGUGUUGGGUCGAGAUAGUGAUAAACAAGCUAUUCUUCAAAGGUUGCUAGAAGACGGAGGCAGUCUUGAACAAGACUUUGUUAUUCCCAUUGUUGGAAUGGGUGGAAUAGGCAAGACAACUCUUGCUCGGCUCAUUUACAAUGAUGAGAAAUUGGAAGGCAAGUUUGACUUGAAGGCAUGGGUUUGUGUUGCUGAUGUAUUUGAUGUUCCAAAAAUAACAAGAACCAUUUUAGAACAGGUAACUGGGAGAAACUGUGAUAUUGAUGAUUUCGAUUCACUUCAAAAGCAAUUGAAAGGGAAGUUAUCUGGGCGCAAGUUUUUUCUUAUAUUGGAUGAUGUUUGGAAUAAGGAAUAUGGCAAUUGGGAUAAAUUGAAGAGACCUUUCAAGUCAGGAGCUCUUGGAAGUAAAAUAAUUGUUACAACUCGAAAUAAGGAUGUUGGGAUGAUGAUGAGAGGAGAUGAUCGAGUUUACAAUUUAGAAUUGCUACAAGAUGAUGCUUGUUUGCCAUUAUUUACACGACAUGCACUGGGGAAAGAGAACUUUGAUGCACACCCAGACCUGCAAGAUGUUGGUGAGAAGCUUGUUGAGAGGUGCAAAAGAUUGCCAUUAGCACUAAAAACACUGGGUGGCGUCUUGCGGGGAAAGCUGUGUCGUGAUGAGUGGGAGAAUAUAUUAAAUAGUGACAUAUGGAGUUUAUCAGAAGAUAGAAGUGGAAUUCUUCCUGCUUUAAGAUUGAGCUACAAUGAUCUUCCUUGUCACUUGAAGCGAUGCUUUGUUUAUUGUGCUUUGUUCCCUAAAGACUAUGAAUUUGACAAAAAGGAGUUGGUCCUCAGCUGGUUAAAACCUCAUUCAAAUUUGAAAAGUCUUGAAAUUUCUUGCUAUGGUGGCAAGUGUUUCCCAAAUUGGGUUUGUGAUCCAUUAUUAUUUUUGAAUUUAUCAUCUAUGAAGCUCAGCAAUUGUAAGAGAUGCACUUUGUUACCAUCACUUGGUCUACUACCUGUUCUCAAAAGAUUGAUUAUUGAAGGCAUGGAUGUUAUAGAAGCUGUAGGUUAUGAGUUUUAUGGGGGACAAGAUUGUUUUCCAUUACUAGAGGAGCUGGUGUUUCGAAACAUGUUAAAUUGGAAGAAAUGGACUUCUCCAACUAGAAGUGAAGGUGAAUUCCCUUGUCUUUAUAAGCUUGUGAUUCAAAAUUGUCCUAAGUUGUUAGGCCAAUUACCUAGCAACCUUUCUUCACUUAAAGAGUUGGAUGUUAGAAGCUGCAAUGCGAUGCUUUUGAAGAGUAUGGAUGAUCGUGCCUCACUUGCUCAUUUAAGAAUUAAGAGAAUUGCAGAACUGACUUGCUUGCCUAUGAGUAUGAGUCUUCCAUCACUGAAAGAGCUGUAUAUGGAAAACUGCAACGGGGUGCUUUUAAAUUGCAUCGUCAAUCUGACCUCCCUCACUAAAUUGAGAAUAAGGGCAAUUGCAGAACUGACUUGCUUGCCUAAGAGUUUUGCACAGUCCUUGAUAGCACUUGAGACUCUAGAUAUUGGAUACUGCAAUGAUCUUACUUGUUUGUGGGAGGAAGGGGCAGAAAUAGAACAAAGCCUCUUGCCUUUCAAUCUUAAACAUCUUAGCCUUAAGCAAUGUAGAGCUUUGGAGUCAUUACCCAAUGCAAUGAUGGUGCAAAUGGAUGGAAGCAGUAGCCGCAACACUGGUAUGUUGAUGUUGAGACUUGAAAAGUUGGAAAUUUCUGGUUGUGAUUCUGUCAAGUCUUUUCCAAGAGGCAAAUUACCUAUCACGCUUAAGUACUUGAGAAUAGCAGACUGUAAAGGUUUGGGGUCUCUACCAGAUGCAGAUAGUGACACCAAUAGCAAUCUACAUUUGGAAAUAAGUAAUCUUCCAUGUUUGUAUUCUUCUGAGUGUUGUCAUCAAUUACCAGCUUUUCUCAAGAGAUUUGCAGUUAGUGGUUGCAAAUGGGUGGAAUCAUUCCCAGAGAGGAUGUUGCAACAUUGUAUGGGACUCCAAUCCAUUUCUAUUUGCGAGUGUACAAUAUUGAAAAGUUUACCCACCCUUGAUUGGGUCAGCAAUCUUGUUGAAUUAUCUAUUGAAAGCUGUGGUCUUCUCAAGUCCUUCCCAAAUACAAUAUGUCAGUUGAAAUCUCUUCGAAGUCUAUCAAUGGAAGACUGUCCUGGCAUCAAGUUCAUUCCAGAUGGGGGUUUGCCACCAAGCUUAACAGACCUUGCAUUCUUAGACUGUAAGAAUCUCAAUUCCCUCCCAAAUACGAUGUACCAGCUAAAAUCUCUUCAAAGGCUAUGGUUGGAAGACUGCCUCAGCAUUGAGUUCAUUCUGGAUGGGGGUUUGCCCCCAAACUUAACAGAUCUUAGAUUAGACUGUAUGAAUCUCAAGUAUAUACCAAAUACAAUGUACCAGCUCACAUCACUUCAGAGAUUAACAAUCCCAGGUGGAGCUUUGACAAUGGGCCUCCAAAACCUUACGUCUCUUCAAGAAUUGACAAUUGAGCAGGAAUUCCCUCUGGAUAUUGUGUUGCCUUCUUCUUUAACCUCUCUUGAGAUAAAGAAUGAAGAAAAUUUGAAAUCCAUACCAGGAGGGCUCUUGCAAAACCUAAACUCCUUGCAAAAGUUAUGGAUAAUUGACUGCUGGAAGCUACAAUCUUUGCCAGAGGAAGCCUUCCCUCCUUCGCUUGGAGAACUAUAUAUCAGCAACUGUCCAUUUCUAAAACGACAGCGAUUUGAGGCAAAAGGAGACUACUGGACUCUCACCUGUGCCAUCCCCAAUGUUGAGAUAGAUGAUGAUGAGGACCUCAUGUUUGAAGAGUUGGGAGCCUGCUGAUUCCGAAUGAUAUUCUCAAUAUAUAUAGUGCCUUACUUCUUGCCUGCUGCAUGUCAUAGGGACUGCCCUUUGUUCAAAUGUGAUUAUUCUGUAAGCUGGAACUGAAACGCAGAUGACCAAGUCAAGCUGCAGGCAGUUUGAGAAAUUUUUCUUUUGGGAAAGUAGAACUUAUCCUUGACAUCUCUUGUAGAUGCAUCCAGGUGAACCCAUGUGAACUAUCACCCUCCUGAAAUCCACAAAUCAAUCAUCUAAGCAAAAGUUAGCACAAGAAAAUCAGUAGAAAAGAUCAGUUUUAGUGACAGCUUCAACAAUAGUGGUCUGCAGCAUCAGUGUUAGUGACGUUAGUGACCUUCCUUCUUGCCUGGAACAUGGUUUUGGUUUUUGGCCAUCUAGUCUGGCCUUUUGUUAACAUGGGCUUUUCUGUAUGCUGGAACUGGAAAGUGGAUUACCUUUGGUGAAUUCAAGAAGCCUGCAAUCUGUUUGAAGCUUCUGUUUUGCAAUCUUUCAGUUGGGAAAGCAGAACUUACCCUCUUACAAGAUGUGCCAUCUUUGUGUUAUUAUAUCUAUAUUGAUUCCAGUGCGGGGGACUUCAGUAGAUCCCAUCGCAUCUCCUAACAAGAAAUUAGUCUCCCACACAUUCCCUUAUUUUUAUGUAUGCAACACACAGGGGAAAGAAAAAAAAAAAAGGUGGUCUUGCGGACUGCUGAUGAAAAGAGGAAAAAAGUCAGAAACCAAACAGUAGCAAACCAGAAAUGCAUCAGCUUUGUAGGAUACGGAUUUUCUGGAUCCAUUUGUUAAUUAACUUCUACUUCCGUCAGAGAUAACUCAGGUGAGUGUGGGUGCUUUGACAUUAACACUACUUUUCAUGUAGGAAUGCUUCUGGUAUAAUGAAUAAGAAAGGAAUGAUCCAAAAAUAUGCCCUGUGUUUCUCUCUUAUUUGUCUUAAUUUGCAGCCAAGAUUACUUCACAAACACAGCUGCAUUUAGUGCUGCUUCACUUACCAAUGGAUUGACUUACUGAUUAUAGUUUGAAAUUAAACAUCUUGAUGAACAAAUGCAGGUGUUCCCGGGAUCCAUCAUGGUUGCAGUAACUCUUACCCUUUUUUUAAAGCCACUUCAAUUUCCCUACUGUACUUCUCAUCCCUAGAGAGAUUCUCUAUCAUUUUAUCAAGAAGUUUCUAAGCCCUAAUUCACUUUUGCAGGACAUGGAUUUUCUUGGAGUUUUUCUCCUAACUUUUCUUGCAAUCAAGGACAGUUCGAGGAUAUAUUUGAAGGUGGAUGCAGUAAUGCUUUGAGGUAGCAUUAUGUGCAAAUUAUUUCAAGUAUCCAUCUGCUGUAUCAUUCCAAAAAUAGGCAGAGAAACUGUGAGGGUGAACAGUUACGACGGUAGCAAGAAUGUGUGGUUUUGCUGGAUUAUCGGUUCUUUGGUCUUGAUUUACCACCUUUGGAGAGAAGAAAGGAACAGGCAGAUUCAUCAACAACAAUUUCAGUCAGUAAUGAUGCUUUUGUUAAGCCUAAAUUAAUCUUCCCCUUCGUUCAUGGAUAUUUCAAUAAGAUGGGGAAUUGAGGCAGCUGCAAAAGUACCAAGUACAAUAGAUUUUCACUGUUAGUUUUACUUGAUUGAAUGUAGCAGGAAAUUGCGGCUUUUUGUACACUUCAGUUACUGUAUAAAUAAGAUUUCAUAUU